GCCGGUUGUGUUUUUUUCCGGGUGUUAGUGAGCCCACGCGCUCACUCCGGUAGGGCGCAGAGAUGCUCGCGAUGGCGAUGCCGUGGUUGUUCGUGCUGGAGCUCGUGAUGUACGCAGGUUGCUUCGUCUGUGGUAUCAUCGCCGCCGCCUUGCUGACGAUCACGCAGGGUCAUUUCUCCGGGCAGUGUCUGCUCUAUGGUAGCGUGCACUACAACACGUCCACCCAGAGCCUGGACCCCGACACGUUCAGCUCCCCCUCACUCUGCUACUUCAUAGCGGCCAUCUCCAUCAGCGUGGCUGUCUGCUGCUUCUCCUUCAUCCUGUACUGGGCCUACAGCAAGUGCAUGGGGGACCGACUCCAACGGGAGACGCUGUGGCUGAACGUGACGCUGGGGGUGUGCGGGGUCUUCCUCUUCUUCCUGCUGGUGUCCGGCUGCAUCCUGAGGGUCGGCCGCGACCGCCUGUGUCUGUCCGUCCUGCAGAGCAUGCCCCUGCUCGACAGCUGUGAGCAGGCGGAGAACGAAACCUGGGCCUACCCCUACAGCGGGAGUCAGUUUUACACAGGACUGCACAACACGGAGAAGUCAGUGUGGGUGAACUUCUUCUUCUGGGUGGUGAUUGUUGCUGUGGUGACCGUGCAGAGGCGGUGGGGGUCAGAGUUCAGGGUGGUGGGGGAGGAUGCAGACUGGAGCUCGUCUGAGACAGAGCCCUUCUUCCACCGCCCGUCCCGUCCGCAGUGACCCAAAAACUACACCACCCCUGUCACCACACCCUGACCACGCCCUGACCACACCCUGACCACGCCCUGACCACACCCUGACCACGCCCUGACCACACCCUGACCACAUCAUGCCAUAUGACACUAUACUACAGGAGAGCCAGUGACUAUUUAACACCCUACAGACCACACAGUACUACAGGAGAGCCAGCCAGUGUCUAUUUAACACACUACAGACCACACAGUACUACAGGAGAGCCAGCCAGUGUCUAUUUUACACCCUACAGACCACACAGUACUACAGGAGAGCCAGCCAGUGUCUAUUUUACACCCUACAGACCACACA